UAUACUCUCGCUACUCUCUCGGCUAGCUUAAUGCAAUAUUAAUCGUACCCUUUUCAGUAAAAACAUAUACACAGGGAUCAAAUGGAGAUCAGUACUUCUUGGCCUGAAAACCUAGCAAAUAGCAACAUUCAGAAACGGUUGAAUGAUGAGCUAAUUGAAGGCCGAGAUCUCUCAAACCGGCUUCUAAGUGUUCUUGCUAGCUCUGAUGGCUCAAGAUCUGCAGAAGAUCUAUCGGGGAAGAUAGUAAAAUCAUUUUCCAACGCCCUUUCCAUAUUGAUUGUGAAAGAGUGUGAUAAGUCAGACUCUCUGGUCUAUCAAAUCCAAGCUGAUCAUUUACCAUGUUUGGAUGCUUGGAAAUCUCAAAGUCAUUCUCGAGAAGAUCUGAGGAGUACUACUCCUCCCACUAAAAAGCUCGAUCGAAGGGGUUGUUUUGAUAGAAGAAAAACCAGUACCUUACCGUCAUGGAAAAGAGAUACUUCAACUCUCAUUAGCGAUGGUCAAGCAUGGAGGAAGUACGGACAAAAAAUGAUUCUCAACUCCAAAUACCCCAGGCACUAUUUCAGGUGUACUUACAAGCAUGAUCAAGGCUGCAAAGCUACCAAACAGGUUGAGAGAAUUCAAGUGAAUCCCCCACUAUAUAGGACAACAUAUUUUGGGCAUCACACAUGUAGAAAUCUUCACCAACAUCCUGAAUUGAUGUUGGAUUCUACUACUAAUCCUAGUGAUACUUCCAUAAUCAUCAGCUUCGACCGUACCAACCUCAAAAACAAACAAGACCGUUUUCCCUCUUUAUCGUCUUUCUCUUCAACCAGACAGGAAUUUAAGGAGGAGAUCACAAAAUGUGAGGCCCUGGAGCAUAACCAAUCAUUGUUGUCUGAUUAUUUCGUCUCAUCUGACCUGCCUGCCGCGGCGGGGUUUCUAACCCCUAGGAGCAUGCCAGCGAUGUUGAAAUCAAAUCAGGACUCUGAUAAUGGGGAUGUAAUAAAUGGGAUGAUGGAUUAUGAAGACUACUAUUUUGAUAUUUUCAAAUUUUGAAUGUUGAUGGAUAAGGAUAUUCCUUGUAAUAAUUUUGAUUUGGAAACUAAGAAUGUUGAACUUCUCUACAGGUUCUUGUAAUUAGUUACGAAACACCUUUCUUUAGCUAGUUUGCGAGUAUGAGGAUUUAAAGGGAAAGGAAGAGAAGUAAAAAAUAAAGUUAAUAUUUUUCGUUGUUUGGCUAGUUUACAAGAAAAUACUGAA